UUUGCGAUUUGCGGCCUGAUGCUUUUGGUUGGCGCCAUGGCCGCGGUUGCCCCGUCCACAUUUCACAUGUCGCUCUCAGUCUCAGCAAAAGGGCUCAAUCACUGGCGCCUUGGCUAAGGCGGCCUAGCAACCUCGCAUCUGCAGCCACUCCAAUUGCCAGGAUGCGUCCGUCAGGACGUCCACCCACUGCACUGCCGCCAAGUGAAGCACUGGACGAGGGAGAGGCGUACGCUCCCAAGCUCCUCUCGCACGCCAUGGCCUCCGCCGGCGAGCACACGGUGCCCCUGCUCGCCCGACUUCCAACCGAGGCGGCGGAGGCGUACACCACUGACGGGUCCCUCGACUUGGACGGGAACCCGGCGCUCAAGAAUCGCACGGGGGGAUGGCGCGCGUGCCGCGCAGUUCUCGGUAAUUUAUUUCUUCUUCACCUGUUCUUGGUAGUAAUCUCGUUACCUUGGAACGACGGUGUUCAUGCAGGAACCGAGUUCUGCUACUGCCUGGCCUUCUACGGCAUCUCCUACAACCUCGUCACGUACCUCACCGGCGUCCUCGGCCAGAGCAACGUCGCCGCGGCGAGGAACGUGUCCACCUGGCAGGCCACCUGCUUCCUCAUGCCCCUCGGCGGCGCCGUCGUGGCCGACUCCUACUGCGGAAGGUACCGCACCAUGGUCGUCUCCUGCUUCAUCGGCGUCGCAGGGAUGCUCAUGACAGCAUUCUCGGCGUACCUGCCGCUGCUCGUCGAGAGCGGCGUGUCGUUCAGAGGCCUCACCUCGUCCAACAUGGUGUCGGUUCAGGAGUUCGUCUUGUUUCUCGGCCUGUACAUGAUUGCCGUUGGGCUGGGCGGACUCCGGCCGUGCCUCAUGUCCUUCGGCGCCGACCAGUUCGACGACGGCGAUCCAUCGGAGCGCGUGACCAAGGGCUCCUUCUUCAACUGGUACGUGUUCAACAUGAGCUGCGCGUCGCUCAUAUCCAGCACCGGCAUCGUGUGGGUGCAGGAUCAUUACGGCUGGGCGCUGGGCCUGACCGUCCCGGCGGUCGUCCUCGCCGUCGGGCUUUCUUGCCUGGUCGCGGCGUCACGGACGUAUAGGUUUCAACGAACUCGCGGCAGCCCGCUCACCAGAGUGUGCCAGGUCGUGGUUGCUGCCGUGAGAAAGUCCGGCGUCGAGCUGCCGGCCGACAGCUCUCUGCUCUACGACAUGCCGGAAGACGACCUCGCCAUGAAGGGAGUCGAGAGGAUCGAACACACCACUGAUCUCCGAUUCUUCGAUAAGGCCGCCAUUGUCGUGGCCUCUGACAAGGAGGUGGAGGCAGCCGCCGUGCCGGUGCCGCGCAGCCCGUGGAGGCUCUGCAUCGUGACGCAGGUCGAGGAGCUCAAGAUUCUCGUGCGGAUGCUGCCUCUCUGGGCGACCGUCGUGUUCUUCUAUGCCGUGUCGGUGCAGAUCUCGUCCACAUUCGUCGAGCAAGGCAGGGCGAUGGACGCUACCGUCGGCUCCGUGCGCGUCCCGCCCGCGUCCAUGUCCACCUUCGAUAUAAUCACCGUCAUCGUCCUGGUCCCUCUCUACGACCGGGCCUUCGUUCCGGCGGCGAGAAGGCUCACCGGGAGGGAGAAGGGCAUCUCGGAGCUGCAGAGGAUCGGCGCCGGCCUCGCCAUGCCCGUGCUCGCCAUGGCCGCCGCGGCGCUUCUAGAGACGGCGCGCCUCCGCACGGCGAAGGCGGCGCCCCUGGCGCCAUGCUCGACGAGCGUGCUGUGGCAGGCGCCGCAGUACGUGCUGGUGGGCGUGGGCGAGGUGCUCACUACCAUUGGCCAGCUCGACUUCUUCUACGGCCAGGCGCCGGCCGCGAUGAAGACCGUAUGCACGGCGCUCGCGCUUCUCGCGGUAGCGGCCGGCGGCUACCUGAGCUCAUUCCUACUGACGGCCGUGCAGUGGGCGACGACGACUGGUGGCGCGCCGGGGUGGAUCCCCGACGACCUGAACGAGGGUCAUCUGGAUCGCUUCUUCUGGAUGAUGGCCGGACUUGGUUGUCUGAAUCUGAUGGCGUUCGGGAGCUGCGCCAGGAGGUACAAAUCCAGGAAGGGUUGCUGAUUUUUAAGUUGCUUCUUGGUGGGAAGAGAUAUUUUUGCAGCCCAGGUGCAUGAUGCCCAAGAUAAAAGCACGAUUCAUCAGCAAUAGAGAAAUGCCUCAAAAAAGAUCUGCCGUAGUGAACCAUUUCAAUUUUACUUUUUUUAGAAAGGCCAUCAUGGCUAGCUUCAUUAACGUAGAUAGAAAUUAUAAUAUUACAUCGUCCACAAGGUUUGAGACAAGACAGCCUGGCGGCUCGUCCGUCCAAUGACUACAAAGUUAUUACAAUAAUUGUAAUUUGUUA